AUGUCAGGCGAGCGCGCCAUGGACUGGCGCUAUUCUCAACAUUCAUUAGAGCAGGUCCCCGAUCUGAGUGCGCCUUAUGACCUGAUUGAAGAACAGCGCCGCGAGCGGUUGCCAAGCCCAGUCGCCAUCCCCCCUGCCAUUGCUUCCAGGACAAGCACGGAUGCGGUGUCCGUCACCACCUCUUCGACACUCCCGCCUUCGUACCGCACCACCUCUUCGACACUCCCGCCUUCGUACCGAACCAACCGCACCACGAAGCGCGCCUCGCAAACGGUCUCCCAGCUUCCUAGCUUCGAAGAGUCGCAGUAUCCACCCCCCUCGACGAGCACACAAGUUCUAAGGGAGCACCGCUCGCUCUACCGGCGGUGA